GUGGUGGCCCAGGCGCGGCCUGGCUGCGGCAGGGCACCGGGGGAGGCGGUAAAGUGUGAGAGGCGGGGCGGGAGCUGCCGUUUGCAAACCCAGCGGGUCCGGGAGCGAGCCGGUUUGGCAUCAUCAUACUACUGUGCUGUUACUUGAAACAGAACUCUUUUGGAAACAAUCCCAGUGUUUAUAUAUGCUAGUCUAAGUGAAGGUCAGAAAUUCAAUUGCCACAGUCGAAUGAGACUUCUUUUGGUGCAUGACUGGCACUGCGUUGGUAUUCUUGCAGCCAGUGGGAAGAUGGUGGAUGGCGGACCUGAGGGGGCAGUCGCUUUCUUGGAGCGCAUGCGCUCUCACAUCCCCCAUUCUUCCUUCAGAGCACUGCAUUACAUCCCCCUGUUGACUGUGGGAAAGGGGAAUUGAAGAAAUGAUGGCAAAUGAUUUAGACCAGUUUAUUGAAGAUCAAAAGGCCAAGUUGGCACAAGACAAAGCAGAACUUGAAAAUGAUCCUCCUUAUAUGGAGAUAAGGAGCAAAGGUGCAGAGAAGCUUUCUGAGACCAGCAAAGUGUUAAUCUCUAUGGCUAAAGAAAAUAUACCACCAAACAGUCAACAGAACUAUUUUCUAGAUGAAUAUGGCUUGAGUUUGCCUCUUGGAGAUGAAUAUGAAAGAAAGAAACAUAAGCUAAAGGAGGAACUUCGACAAGAUUAUAGACGAUAUCUUUCUCAGAAAAAUUAUCUGACAACGAAUGAAGUAGAUCCAUAUACUCAGGGACUAUCUCUUCCUAUUGGCGAGAGGAGGUCAGCCAAGGAGAAACUUCGUCUUGAAAGAAACAGGGAAUACAAUCAGUAUCUCAGGGACAAGGAAGAGUGGAAUGAAAGGUUAAGGAAAAUAGGAAAGAAAACUACGGAGCAUGAGACAGAAAGAAGUAAAAAAACUACUGCUAUUACUAGAGUACAGCCAGGACUACGUUCACAAAUACAGCCCUCUUGUGCAGAUUCAGAACCUCCCAAGAAAGAUGCUUUUACUUCCACGGACGCUUAUGAAGAGCUACUAAAUAGGAGACGACUGGAGGAGGAUCCAUAUCGCAGACUAGAUGAUGAGGCUGAACUAAGAGAUAGAAUAUUGCACAAAAAACUUGAUGAAGGACUAGACAUUUCCAAUAGAAAGCAUCACAGGUUUGAUAGCAGACCUGAUAUUUCGGCUAGAAGACAUCACAGAUUUGAUGAGGAUCGUCAUUUUGAUAGAAGACAUUACAAAUUAGACUAUGAUCCUGAAAUAAAUGAGGAAAUGGACCCUAGAUUUAGAUAUGAAAGUGACUAUGACAAAAAGCCUCUGAGGGUGUUCCAUGCUGAAAGAAAUCGGGCACAAAGCAAUUCUCCAACUAAUGAACAGGCAAAGUCCGCCACUGGUAAAGAUGAUGUUCCAUAUGCAACAGGGCUCAUUCUUGGCGGUCAAGACCGAGAACUUAUUCAGAAGAAAAAAGAGAAAUACAGACAAGAGCUAAUGGAACAGAUUGCUGAGCAACAGAGAAAUAAGAGACGUGAAAAGGAACUUGAGCUCUCAGUUGCUGCUUCUGGAGCUCUGGACCCAGGGAAGGAGCCUAACAGACUGAAGCAGUUUGGUUUGACAGAAAGAGCUUCUGAAGAGAAGGCACCACCUGAAAGGCCCAGAGUAGCUUUCCAAACUCCUGUACCUGCACCUACUGUUUCACCAGUGAAUGAAGACUUUCACAGAGGAUUAUCCAACACCCUUGGUGAAAUAGUGGCUCCCAGGAUUGCACCUCUGCCUCCACCUCCACCCCCAACUUUGACAGACAACUACAGAACUCCCUAUGAUGAUGCAUACUAUUUCUAUGGGGCUAGAAAUCCUUUGGAUCCUAAUCUUGCAUACUAUGGCGCAGGAAUGAUGGGAAUGCAUCCUGCACCUAAUAUUGAGGAUCUUCCAGGGAAUGUACCAGCAGAUCAGGCUGUAAGUAACAUUGGACAGAGAAACUCAGGUGGUAGACCCAGAGGUCUAGGAAUAUUUCCUGAAGAAAAACCAAAGCCCUUCAAAGAGUCAGCUUUUUCUUAUCAAGAAGAAUUGCAACAGCAGAUAAGAGAAAGAGAAGAACGACGCAGACGGGAAAAGGAGGAAAAGGAACGAUAUGAAGCCAAGUUAGAAGCUGAAAUGAGAAAUUACAAUCCUUGGGGAAAAGGUGGUGGUGGUGCUCCUCUCAGAGACACAAAAGGAAAUCUGAUAACUGACUUGAACGUGAUGCACAAGCAAAAUGAAGAUGCGUAUCAUAACCCAGAGGCAAGACACUAUCAAGAUAAAAGGGCUAUUGUAUCGGUUGACCAAAGUUUGGCCUCUCCAAGACCUGAGAACACAGAAGCAUCUACAAAUAAAAUAGCAGGUUUUACAUUUGCACAAACCUCUCCCUAUGUUCGAGGUAACAUAUUUAGUGAGCCACCAUCUGAACAACAACUUAAGCGGCAAGAAGCAUACAAGAAUUUUCUUCGUUUGCAGAUUGAGGAAAAGAGACUCAGGGAAGAAGCAGAGCGUGAAAAACUUAGAAUUGAAGAAGAAAAAGAAGAAAAGCGACUAGUUGAACAGAGGAGCAGAAUGCAAAAAGAAUAUGAAGAGGAACAGGAAAAGAAAAGAAGGAAAGAGGAGGAGCAAAGAUUAAAAAAUGAAGAGUUAAUUCGCUUAACUGAAGACAGACGAAAAGAGGCUGAAAAAAAGAGGAAAGAGGAGGAAGACAAACAGAACGAACAACUUAGACAAUAUUAUGAGCGAGAAAAAAUAGCAAAGAUGGAAGAGGAAAAAAAGGUGUUUUCAAGGCAACCUUCUCCUGUCAUUCCUGCUCUUCAGAACAAGUCCUUAGAGAAGGAAGAGAGGCCUCCUUCUGUUGAAAGCCGUAUGUCUUAUUACACGCAAGAUAUGCCACAAUCCAGGGCUCUGUCUCCUCCGGUCCCUGCUAGAAGAAACCAGAUGCGUGCAUAUGAGGAAAGAAAGAAUGUGAUAAAUGAGCUGUCAGAGAUGAGGAAACAGCUCCGAAGUGAAGAGCGGCGACUUCAGGAACAAUUGCUCAGUGUAGCCAGUGAUGAUGAUGUAGCCACUACAAGCAGGAAAAGAGAGAAAAAUGUAAUGGAUGUAUUUGAGAUGGCCAGGCUUCGGAUGCAAGCUCCAGUCAGGCGACCUUCAUCAAAGGGUGCAGCUGACCCUGUCAAUGUUCAGAAUAUCAGGGAGUUCAAUGAACUUAAAUACAAAGAUUCAGAAACACGAGCAGACUUGAGAUAUAUGUACCCCGAUCCUCCAGAAGAUGAUCAAACAUUAGAGAUUCAACAGCGGGCAUUGCUAAGAGAGCAGCAGAAGAAACUUAACAGAAUGAAAAUGAGGAGGGAUGCAGAAGACUAUGAUGAUUCUGGUCCUGACUUUAACCCACGAAACAUGGGACUGUUCAGAAAUGAAUCCAGUGAAUUCUUGAAAAAUUCACUAUUGGAGUCUGAGAGUGCUUUCAUUGGCACUAAUGGGGAAACCUUCCCAGCUUUCGAAGAAGUUAAUUUAUCUUCACAGCCACCGCCAUCUGCAAGGGAGAGGAGACGAAUAAAGAAGAAAGCAAUGGAAUUUACUGAUGAUGUCCCUUUUAGCAACUCUCCGCCGCCACAGCCUGACAGCUUCUCUUUGCAGUCAAGCUCCAGUCUCAAUGUUGAUCAGCUGAAAGCCAGGAAUGAAGAACGAUUGCGAAGAUUGAAUGAGUUGCAGAAGAAAUCUGUUAACCUAGGUGAUGAUACUUCCCUGGGAGAUGCUGAUGACAUUUUGAAGCAGUUUCCAUCUAAAGGUGGCAGAAGGCCCACCUCUGUUGACACAGUAGCAACAGAUCCCUGGCUGCGACCUGGAACAUCAGAGACUGUGAAAAGAUUUAUGGCUGGGCAGUCAAACCAAGCUAAACUUUCUUCUGAAAACACAUUACCCUUUGGUUGGCAGGGCCUGUCAACUGCACAUGGUUAAAUAAAUCUAUAUUGGAACCGGCUGUGCCUUUAAUCAUAGAAGGAAUGUUAAUCACUACUGCACUUUUAACAUGUUCAUUUUAUGUUCUCUUGUAAGAAUAGUCUUAUAUGUAAAUAUUGUGAGCUAUAUGUAUAGGGUUUUUUUUUAAUGAAAUGUUAAAGAAGCAGAAGCUGUAAUGUAAUAUAAUUUCUUUAAAAGGGAAAACAGACUGUGUACAGGAUGUUUAUUAUACCAAGAUAGGGAAGUGGAGGUUUUUUGCACUCUUUCUAUAAGUUACACUGGUCAGUAUGUUACUGAUAUUUCCAGUCUUAGAUUUGAAGCUUGUGUGAAUGUAGUAUUAGAUAAAAGAGAACUUUUAACAUAAAAACUAAGAAUCUAGAACGAUUCUGCCAUCAUCAUAGCAUAAACGACAAAUCUUAUAUUCCUUUUACUCAAGUACUUCACGUGAUUUUUACCUCAAUGCAGCAGUAGCUAUUUUAAAACAGUGAUAAGCCUGUAUUUGUCCAGUAUUCAAGAGUUAACUGGACAAAAGAUUUAUGUAAACAAUUGGCUAUUGCUGUUCCACUUGCUAACAUUUUGCUUUCUUUUCCCAAUCAAUUGUGUGCUGAAAUUCUAGUUAUACAUUUCUGCUUCUUACUGUUUGUGUUGAUAAUGCAGAUAUUGUUGAGUGAAUAUUGUUAAUAUUUAAUUUAUGGUCACGAUUUAAAACAAUUGAUGAAAAUAAAUUAUAUUUUAUUACCAAAA